AUGGCACCAAUCAUCGAAGCUGUAUCUCAAAUACUAUUCUCACGCUCUAAUGUUAUCGAAAUGGACACCGCAAAUACCCUUAUCAAGCGCGAUAACGCCUCCGACCGCUUCUCCCUUUACGUUUUCGCCAUUAUAGUCGGCUGCAUCGCCAUUGUCCUCAUUGGAUGCGGUAUCUAUACCAUGUAUAACGGAGACGGUGAAGUGAGGCUCCAGGAUAUGCCAUACGAGCAACGAAAGUACAUGCAUGAAGUGCGACAGCGCAAUCUGAACGGGCUCGCGUGGACAGCUAGACGGCCAGACAUGAUUGUCCCGGUUGAAAGGUUGAACAAUUGA